UUAAUGGUAGAAAGACAGAUAUUCAGGUCACGACUCGUCUUCCAUAGAAAAUCGCCCUACAGAACUAUGUGGAGAGGCUGGUUAUCAGUUUUAACCAUUGUACAACUGUUUUAUGGAAUAUUGUCUGUUAUUACAGAAAAUUGCUGUUCCAACUCAGAAGAUUAUGAAGCAAUCGACAGUAUUAACACUAAGGCAACAUUUCUCACCAUUGACCUUUAUGACAACUCGACAAAAUGGGAUUUACAGGUCAAUAUAUCUUGGACGCCGGUUGAAGAUUACGACAGAUAUAUUGUAGAACUUGAGACAUAUAGCGACCCCACCGGCGAUGUACCAUUUUGCAAUCCUUCAAUUACUUGUACUUUUGACGGUGUCUCGGUGAAUAAUUGGAAGGUUUUCAAUGGUAUUCAGUUUGGUUCAACACAAACAGUUACGACGUAUAUUACAAGAGUAGAAGAAACACAAUACAGAGGACCCUACUUCAAGGUGUAUCCUAAAUCUCCAGAUUGCUAUGACGAAACAAAAAGUAUUGAAUUCUGUGAAACCCAAGCCGUGCAGUAUGCAGGUAAACCAAUUGAAAUCAAAGUACUAAAUAUGACACUUAGUGAUGAUGAAAAAGAAGUGACGGUUACUAUCCGAUGGCGUCAACCAGCGCAUGUCAACCCAGACACGCCUAUUAGCUAUUUUCUAUUGGAGUGGUAUGGCGAAGAAUUAACACCGAAUAACCUUAAAAUUAUGGAUGUGGAAUUCGAACCAAGCGCGUAUGUUACAACUGAGUUGAAUAAACCGUUAUUAGUGAAUACAUCUUACACAUUAGAGAUUACUACCGUUGUGAUGGCUAGCAUGGGAAAUAAACGAGGAUUAUCACGUGAAAUUGUCUUCAUUACAACAUCACCUGUGACCGUACAGCCUUCGGAUAAUGGAUCGAAUACUGUUACUAUAGUUCUUAUCGCAGUUGGUAGUGUGAUUCUGUUGGCUAUUGUCGUUUUAGUGUUUAUUUGGAAGAUGUACUCAAGUCGUUUCGAACGAUUGGAUAAAGACGACGACAUUUUAGACCUAGAUGUAAUUAUUCCUAACCAUGAAAAACGUCGACCGACCCUGAUCGCCUACCCAGCUUACGAAAUCGCCCGAAGUGACGUAUCGUGGACGGAAAGGAAGGAACUUGGUCGUGGGUACUAUGGGGAGGUUUACAAGUGCAGUGCUCUUAUCAACGGAGUUCCUACAGAGGCAGCAGUCAAAGUACCUAAACAGUUUGCAACUUCCACCGAGAUUGAGGAUUUUAUACAUGAGAUUAGCCUAGUGAUUAAGCUUGGGGAUCAUCCUAAUCUGGUCCGUUUCCUAGGAUGCUGUACCACCAGUACGCCACUCAUGAUGAUAAACGAGUUCGUACGUUACGGCGACAUGUUUUCAUUUAUGCAGAAAAUCAAGAAUAAGAAAGCACCGAAAGAAAGGAUCUAUGAUAUUCAGAAUAUAGACCAGUUGAAUAUAGCAAAACAGAUCGCACGAGGAAUGGAAUACAUCGCGUCUCAAAGGUGUGUCCAUGGUGACCUUGCAGCUCGAAAUGUGCUAGUUGACGAGGAUUUGGUAGUAAAAAUAACCGACUUUGGACUGUCUCGAGACGUGUACGCUAGUAACUAUAUUAGACUCGGGAAAGAUGCAAAGUUACCCUGGAAAUGGUACAGUCUGGAAUCGAUGACUGGAGAGCGCAAACUCACAAUCAAGGGUGAUGUGUGGUCGUUUGGUGUAGUUCUGUUUGAAAUCUUCACAUUUUGUGAUCCUCCUUAUGCGUUAAUUCCGUCACUGUCAGCACUAGUGGAAAUGCUGGAGUCGGGGAAGAGGAUGAGCCAGCCCGAGCAUUGUCCGGAUGCCGUUUAUUCGAUUAUGAUGAAAUGUUGGGAUGCGAAUCCUCGCAAAAGACCAACCUUUACAAAACUGAUUGCAGAGUUUGAUAAACUCAUCGGAGCUGAAAGCGCUUCCGACUACUUGCCGAUAUUUGAUGACACAAUCCAGCCUAAUGAGACUGUUAUCGACCUCAAAUCGUCAGUGAACACACUCUCGGGUGACGCCGAUCAUGAGAUGGUCCAUAGUGAUUCAUAUGACUCAAGGGAUGAUAACCCGAUAUCAUAUGAAACACAACAGGCUGAGAUUCCAACACACGAAAACGUAGUUUUCAAAGGACUCCUUUCCAAAUCGAAGACUGACGGCAUCAGUAACGACAUUAUACUUGACGAUGGGAAAGUUGAGAGACAGGGUAAUGACGGGCAUAUGGUACCAAUGGAUGAUAUUGAAAACAAGAAUGAAGAAAAUGCUCAACAAAGUAGGGAGAGGAAAAUAAGCUCAUUGAAAGAUACUAAGUAUGACGUCUUUAUAAGAUUUGAUGAGCAAAAGAACUACAUUAGAGAAGAUAGCGAAGGAUAUGUGGCACCUAUUGACAAGGAAGUCACUGAGGGAAAGGUGGCUAAUAAGAAUGAGAUACGAUCAUCACAGGAAGAACCUCAAACAGACGAACGGAUGUAUGAAAAUGUAAAAGCAAAAAACAAGAAUCCUAGACGAGAUGUACAAGUAAAAAAGGAGGACAUAACUUUUGGCUACGGGACAGUCCUGCAUCAAGACGACGAAGGCUACACUCUGCCAGAGGAGGAUGACGAUGACAUCACAAAGAUAUCGGGCCCAGAAAAGAAGAAAUCACAAACACAAGAAAGACUUAAAGGUCUUGGUCCUAAGUAUGACGUCUUUAUUUUGGACAAAGUGAAGAAACGUGAUGACAAUGAUGUAAUUUUUGAGAAUGAUGAUUUUUUUCGACAAGACAGUCAAGGUUACACACUACCAGAAGGUGAAGAUGAUGAUGCUCAAAAGACAGAGAGCAUUAGAUCUACUCAAAGAUUGAGUGCUUUACAUAACCAAAUACAAGAUGGAAAUCAAGGAAAUAGUGACUCUAGUAAAAAACGCAUAUCAAAAAAAGAUGAUCCACACGAUAUAUACUUCGGGGAUGAAAAAGUGUAUCAACAGGACAGUGAGGGCUACACAGUAAUAGAUGAUGACGACAAAUCUUCACAUGAUGUCAGCAAAAGUCGUGAACCCAGCGAUAUAUAUUUUGAGAAAGAGGAGGUUUACAGACAGGACAGUAUGGGCUACACGAUUCCGGAAGGUGAUGAUGAUUUAACAUCUUUCAAAGGCGUCAACGAAAAGCAUGAACUGAAAAUACAUGAGCCCAAUGAUACAUAUUUGGAAAAACAGGAUAUUUACAAACAGGACAAUAAAGGUUACAUAACUACAGAAGAUGACGUCAGCAAAAACCGUGUGCCCAACGAAAUAUACUUCCAGAGGGAAGACGUUUUCAGACAGGACAGUAAUGGUUACGCACUUCCAGAUGAUGACGAUGAUGAUGACGGCAUACAGGUUGAUUCUAGAAGUAGCACUGUAAUGCAGGAGGACAACUUGGAAUAUGAAAAUGUCACUUUUAAUAAUGUCAUUAGGAAGCCUGACAGAAUGAGAGAUAAUAGACAGUUACAUUUGAAGAAUAAAAGUUAUGGCAACACGAUUUCACCAGACGGUGCUGUAAGGAAGGAUGAUGGUGUUGAGAAGGAAGUUGGAAAACAAGAAAAGGCUGCAGAUGAGGAAAACGUCUAUGUGAACGGACGACUGAAUGGGAACCGUUGGAAAACGCCUGCCUUUAACUAUUUCUAAAAGUGUAUCAGCCAUAUUAUUAUAAAGGUCAUUUAAACGAUACAAAAUUUACAAAUCAUCGAUUUAUUUUUAAAAUAUUUCAUAAUACUGGGAUAUACAGUAAAACUUGAAGAAAUAUUUAGUAAUUUGAUUACUGGUCAAUAUAUUUUACAUGAAUAAUAAAUUAUAUAAAUAAUUAACAGUACCUUGAGAUGCCUAUUAUGGAAGGUGCUAUGGUGUAGCAAUGAACAACUGUUUCAAUUAGCUGUAUAUAUUAUAUUAUACAUUAUAUAUAUUAUUGUACACAUUAUAAAUUUCUAAAUACUGAUAGUACUCUGUUUAUUAUAACAUUUUCCACG